GUUUGGGAAGUGAGGGUCGCCUUCCUUCCUCCCUCCCUCCUCGCCUCCUUCCUUCCCAAGGCCAGCGCUGCGCCUUCAUCCCGCCGCCGGCGCGGCGCUUCCCACCCACUGCCGGGGCUCCCGCGGGGUUCGGGGAGCCGAUGCGGCGGUCGGAGGGAGGGAGGCUGCGGCUACUGCGGCGGCGGCUCUGCGGGGCGAGGAGCUUCACCUGCGGCUCUGCCUGGCGUAGCCUCUUCGCUCCAUUCACGGCUGCUGUUGCUGCUGCUGGCGCUGUCCGCGGGCGGUGGUGCUGAAGCGCGGCGGCGGCAGCUUUGCAGGCGCUUCACCUGCGGCGGCGGUUGUGCCUGGCGGCGCCUCUGCUACUAUUACUGCUGCUGCUCCGGGCGCUGUCCGAGGGCUGUGGUGCUGAAGUGCGGCGGCGGCAGUCGCCUCCAGCUCAGGAGCUUCCCCAGGCGUGGGGCGGUGGGGGGGGGGAGAAGAUAUAAAGACGCGUCCCCCCCACCUCCUCCUCCUCUCUACCCCCUCCCUCCCGGCUUCCUCCUCCUCCUGGCGGCUUAAGAGAUGCUGGUCCGCUGAGCGGCGGCGGCGCCGACCAUGAGUUCCUCCUCGGUGCGCAAGAGCGAGUCCAAGACGUCCUUACUGCGGACGGGCGGCGGCGGGAGCGGCAGGCGGGCGCCCAGCGAGCCGCAGCCGCGCAGCUCCGGGGGCCGCACCGAAGGCAGCCCCGAGCCCAGCGCCAGGAGGCCCCUGUGCCACCCAGGAGCCGGCGCCACAGUCUCCUCCAACGGCAGCUUGAGGAGGCACCAACAGCAGCAGAAUCGCCUGGGGGAGCCCGACGAGGCGGAGGCGGCUCCGCGGAGACGCGGGAGCGGCCGGGCGCGCGGCUCCUCUCGGAGUGCCAGCCAGGAGGCGGAGAGCGACGGGGUAGCGACGGCGGGUCGGGGGCAGGACUUGGGCGGCAAACGAGCCAGCCGAGAGUCCCUCCAGCUGCCCGACGGAGCGUCCCCCAAAGGCACCUCCAGCGGCAGCGGAGGCGGCGGCAGCAGCAAGAGCUCCGCCGCCUCCAAACCCAGUGCGGAAGUCGACCCACUCUUCCACCAGCUCCACCCCAUCCUCAGCUCGGUCUUUGGCCAGAUCCACCAUGAGGACAAGACAUGCUAUACAGCUGUCCAGACGAGCGAGGAGGGGUCAACAGCCGGGGAGUACCAAGGCCCACUCAUGGUGCUGGCCCAGAACUGCGCUGUGAUGCACAACAUCCUGGGGCCGGCGUGUAUCUUCCUCAGGAAGGGAUUCGCAGAGAACAGGCAGCCAGACAGAGAGCUACGGCCGGAAGAAAUAGAUGAACUGAGAGAAGCCUUCAAGGAGUUUGAUAAGGACAGGGAUGGCUACAUCAACUGCCGAGACCUGGGCAACUGCAUGCGCACCAUGGGCUACAUGCCAACGGAAAUGGAACUCAUUGAGCUCUCUCAGCAGAUCAACAUGAACCAGGGCGGCCACGUAGAUUUUGAUGACUUUGUGGAACUGAUGGGACCAAAGCUUCUGGCAGAGACGGCAGACAUGAUUGGGGUCAAGGAGCUACGCGAUGCCUUCAGGGAGUUCGAUACAAACGGUGAUGGAGAGAUCAGCACCAAUGAACUACGAGAAGCAAUGAAGAAGCUGCUUGGGCAGCAAGUGGGGCACCGGGACAUAGAAGAUAUAAUAAGGGACGUCGACCUGAAUGGAGACGGACGAGUGGAUUUUGAAGAGUUUGUCAGGAUGAUGUCCCGCUGAGUAUGGUUCUUGGGCUGAAAACGAAUCAGCAGCUGAGGGAAGACGAGGACCUGAAUGGAGCGCCCAGCCCCAAUGUUCCUAUGCAAAGGCUGACGCACUGGCUGCGCUCGAGACAGUGCGAGAUGCCAACCUGCCUCUCUGACCCAAAGUGGCCCUGAUGCUCCUUCACCCUUCCACACUGUGAAAAAAGACGAUCUCCAGCAACUGGAAGCGUUCCUGGGUGACGCUGGGCUCCAGGACCAGCCACGUUUGCAAGCGAAGGUGACAACUCUUUCCCUGCCUUGACUCUUCCGGCAAGCACUGCAAAGGUGAAAGAGAAGGAAGGGGUUCUCUCAAACUGGUGGCUUAUGGCAAAAAGCCACCUGGGAUUGGUGCCUGCCACGGAUUGCACUCUUUUCCUUGGUGAAUUGACUAUGUAUUGGCCUCAUGCCUCCUUGUGUUGUUAAUCAUCUGUGUUGAGUUAUUUAUAGCCUCCCCGGAAUGUUCUUGUGUCUCCCUGCGGUUAUGUUAAUGAGAGCAAAUAUACCUUUGAAAUGCAAAACAUAAAUAACAAGAGCAAGA